CUGUUUGGGAUGAAAUCAACGCUUUCACAUCCCUUGUUGGAUGGGAUCUGAUAUUUGGCCUGAAUGUCCUUGAAAGACGAGAUGGGCAGUGGGACCCUACCAACGCUGAGCUAUUCCUAAAUUACACAUCCAAGAAAGGAUAUCAAUUAUAUGGCCUAGAACUUGGCAACGAGCCUCGGAUGUUCCCCAAAAAGUUUAACCAGUCAGUGACGGCCCAGCAACUUGGAAAGGAUUUUGGAACACUAGACAAGGUGCUCAGAGAUCGGCCACACUUCAACAACACUCGAAUUCUAGGACCAGAUGUUGCGGACAUUUUAUCAAACGAUACCAUCUCAUAUGUGGAAGAGUUUUUAGCUGCAGGCGGAGCCAGUGCGCUGGAUGGGGUAACGUUCCACCAGUAUUUUGGAAAUGGGGACAAUGCAACCAAAGAGAUGUUUACAGACCCAACCUUCAUGGAUACACUGAAUGCUUCAUUUGCGUCUGCACACAAGGCUACAGGAGCGUUGGCGUCCAACAAACCUCUUCUCCUGGGCGAAACAGGUUCCUUUUAUCAUGGCGGAACAUGACGGACACCUUUCUGGGGGGAUUUUUGUGGGUAUUUCAGACAAUAGUCACGAACAGCUUCACAGUUGGGUGACCCGUGAAGAUCCGGGGUAGAAUAGGUCUUCAGCAACCCAUGCUUGCCGUAAAAGGCGACUAACGGGAUCGGGUGGUCAGACUCGCUGACUUGGUUGAUCACUGGAUUGUCUGGCCCA